AUGGCUCCAAAAGCUAAGCAAUCGCAAAAAGCUUAUACGAUAGUAAUCAAGCUUGGUACUUCAUCUAUUUGCGAUGAGAGAACGCACGAACCACUCAUUUCUAACUUGUCCUUAAUUGUGGAAACUGUUGUCAAACUUCGAAAAUUGGGCCACAAUGUUGUUUUAGUAUCGAGUGGUGGUAUUGCAAUGGGUUUGAGAAGAUUGGACCUUCCCAAACGUCCUUCCAAGCUCUCUGCAGUUCAAGCUAUUGCCGCCGUUGGUCAAGGUAGAUUGAUAUCUCUUUGGGAUAACCUAUUUUCCCAACUUCGACAACCAAUUGCCCAAAUUCUGAUUACCAGAAAUGACAUAGCAGAGAGAACGCAAUAUGUAAACGCUGCUAGUACAAUUUCCGAGCUUUUGCAUUUGGGUGUUGUCCCAAUUGUCAAUGAAAACGAUACGCUUUCUGUGCAAGAAAUUCGUUUUGGUGAUAAUGAUACCUUAUCAGCAAUUACUGCGGGAAUGAUUAAUGCAGACUAUCUCUUUUUAUUAACAGACGUGGAGUGUAUGUUUACUGCCAAUCCUCGCACAAAUCCUGAUGCAAAGCCUAUUCGUGUGGUACAAGACACCUCUUCGCUAAUCGUAGACGUUUCUUCUCCCGGUAGUAACGUUGGUACAGGAGGAAUGAAAACAAAGCUCAUUGCCGCCGAGUUAGGUACUUCUUCAGGCGUAAAUGUUGUCAUUUCCCAUGGUGCAAAACCAUCCAAUAUCCUUGAAAUUAUUCGACAUGCAUCCUCGUCUGUCGAAGAUUUAGAAAAAAUCGAGGGCUUACCCUUAUAUACUCAUUUCGUUGCCAAGAAGCAAAAUAGAAUGCGCGAUCGUCAUUUUUGGCUCUUACACGGCCUAAAGCCGCAGGGAAGUUUAGAAAUUGAUGGAGGAGCCCAUGAAGCAAUUACGAGGACAAACCGUGCUGGUUUGUUGCCAGUAGGUGUUACCAAUGUGAACGGUCAUUUUGCCGCUCAUCAAGCUGUGAACAUAACAUAUAACGAAGUUGUAAUCGGCAGAGCCUUGGUAAACUAUAGCAGUACUGAAAUUGAAUUAAUCAAAGGGAAAAGGAGCAAUGAAAUUGGAAGCAUUUUGGGCUUUACAGAAACUGAAUAUAUUGCUUACCGUGAUUAUUUGGUUAUCAAGGAUUUCAGCACCAAUUAG